GCUGCAGUUGCUUCAAAGACCCCAGGAAAAGCUGCAGUUGCUUCAAAAACCUCAAAAAAGACUGAAACAGAGUCAUCAUCUGACUCUGAUAGUGAUUCGUCAGAUGAUGCGAAGAAAACCCCUCAGAAGCCCAUUGCCAAAACAGCAGCCACUUUAAAACCCCCAAUUAAAACAGCAGUUGCUUCAAAGCCACCGGCGAAAUCCACAGCAGCAGAAUCUUCAUCAUCUGACUCGGACAGUGACUCCUCAGAAGAUGAGCCAAAGAAAGCUACUGAAAAGCCCACUGCCAAAGCUGCAGUUGCUUCAAAAACUCCAGUUAAAACUGCUGCUACAAAAGCUUCGGCAAAAGCAACAGCACCUGAUUCCUCAUCUUCUGACUCAGACAGUGAUUCUUCUGAUGAGCCAAAGAAAACAGCAGUUACU